CAUUGAUAUUAUAUUCUAAGUAUACUUGAGUAUUUAAACAAUGAUAGGAUGGCUGGGAACCUAUGACAGCUUGCCCAAAUUCGGAGUGACAUUGCGCUGGCGAUGUUUGUUGAAAACAAAGACGUUAUAAGUGGAUUUUUUUAAAAACAAAAGUUCCUUGUCCUCAAACCUUAUCACUAUUCACUUGUCGUCUUUUUAUCAUUAGUAGAACUUGUUGAAAAAUAAAAAAUAUUAUUUAUUCGCUAAAUUUACCAACAUGUUCUGUUUGUACAUUAUCAAAAAAUAAGAACGUAAAACCAUUGAAAACAAAAAUUUUAAUACACUUUGUGUGUAAUAACAUUAUGUGAAAUGUGUAUUAGCAUAAGCUGAUGUAGCUUACAGAAAACUACCAUUUCCGUAGUGAACACACGGUGAAUAGAAAACCGCUUCAAGCAGAACCAAAUCGGUGGAAACUCACAUAUGGCGCGGGUCGUGGAAUAAAUUUCGUUUAAAUUAAGUAUUUGUUUUUCUUUGGUUAUGCAAAUAAUCGACUUAUUACAGUGAACACCGAAUCACCAGGCAGAGUUUGUAUUACUAGACUAUGGAGAACAACAUGAUGACAAAAGAGGAACAGCCUACGGACAGUAAUCACGAGGAGUUAAAACAUAUGAUCAACAUUUCGGCCGAAUUAAAAAGGUUGCAAGACGAAUUAGACGAAUCACAGAGUCAACACACAGUGACCAAGUUGGAAAUGGAAGGACGACUCGAAGAAAAUACGCGUAAAUAUAAUGAAGAAAUGUCAUCCUUACACAAAGUGCUUGCCGAAACUUUGGAUGAAUCAAGACGACGAGAAAACGAGUUGAAAAUGAUUAAAACUAUGAAUGAAAAGUUAGAAAAUGAACUUAAAAAUUGUCGCAAUCAAAUGCUAAUCGGGCAACAAGGCAAUAACAUUUUAGGUGAAUCGACACAGCAGCAGAUACUUAAUGUUCCAGGUACUGUUCUGUCGGCCAUUGCUAGGAAGAUGACCAACUUAGCUUCCAGCACGGAAUCUGAUGAUUUUAGAAAGUCUCAAGAUGAAGAAGAAAAUGUGUACAAAGCCUUAGUAGACCCUUUAAAAGAAGAAGUCGAAGCGUUAAAGGAAAAAAUUCGACAAAUGGACACUGAUAUUAGUUACUAUAAAACAAAAUUAAAUGAAUCAAAAGAUCUCGUUACGAAACAAAAACAUUUGGGUGACGAUUCCCAGGAAGGACCUUCUAAUUGUUCGGCAGCAGGCGAUUCUAUAUUUUCAAACACAUCAAUAGACGACAGUGUAUCGAAAUGUGAUCAAUGCUCGGCUUAUAAAAUAUGCGUUGAAGAAAUGCAAGAACGUAUAACUGAUAUGGAUAAACGUUUGCAAGCAAUGGAUAAAUUGAAAGACGAGCACGACAAAGAAACAAUUUACCGUAAGCAGAUGGAAGAAAAAUGGAAUGAAAAAUUAGAAGAACACAAAAACAAAGUUCAAGAAUUAAAACAAUUCUCUGAUCAAUCACACGAAGUUCUUAGUGAUAUUAAAUUGCAGUACGAACAAACUGUGAAUGAUUUUCAGAAAGAACUAAAAAGUUGUACUGAAAAUGGUGCAAAAAUGAAACAACAUAUUUUCAAGUUGGAAGAAGAAAAUCAUAAUUUAAGAGAAAAACACAUGAAGUUUUCGGUUCAACUACAAAAUGAGGAUAUUAAUUUACCAAAUUCUGUUGGAGAACUUCAAGAAUAUCUUUUAAAACGCAACGAAGAGCUGAUAGCUAUGUCAAUUGUAAAAGAGUCGAUUGAAGAAGAAAUGAAUAGAAUUAAAAACAGCUCCGCUAUAAUUGAAAGUCAAGUGCAGGGUUUAAAUACAACUGUCGCUUUCCUUGAAAAACAACUGUUGGAUGAAAGAAGUAGGUUUUCGGAUGAGAUUAAAAAUACCAAUAGAUGCGAAAAAGAGUUAAUAAGCUGUCGUACUCAAUUGGAACAAGUUACCAAAAAAAAGACUGAACUCGAAUCAGCAGUUUUAGAACAACGAAACAAAAUAAUUGCUUUGCAAACAGACUUAACCAAUAGUGAAGAAGUACAAAGAGAUUUUGUUCGUUUAUCUCAGUCGCUCCAACAGGAACUCGAACGGAUUCGAGAGUCUGGCACUUUGGUGCGUUGGGAACACGAAGAAGACAUUAACGACUGUCACGAUUGUAGAGUUGUAUUUGGGGAUCCGAAAAUUCGAAAGGACCAUUGUCGUCAUUGUGGUAGAGUGUUCUGCCCUUCUUGUUUGUCGAGAACGGUGAAGAGCGGACCUAAUAUGAGAGACUCGCAUGUAUGCAGAGUUUGUCAUACGCUGCUGGUUCGCGAUUCCGCUCCGUACUUCAGCACAGAAGCUCCACAUCAGUCCAACUAAAAAAAAAAAAAAUAUAUUACAAACGUUUACCCUAAACGGUGAUACUAGACAUAGUUAUUACUAUUAAUUAUAUUCUUUGAUUGGUUUUAGCGUUUAUUAAUUAUUAUAUAAAUUAUAAAGUUUUUUUGUUUUUUUUAUCCUCCUAAAAAGUUUUAUUUUCAGUGUUUAUACAAAUGUUGUGACCUUACUAAAUGCUAUUAAAUUUUUUCUUUUGUCAGAAGUACUGUUGUCAUGCUGCACGGUAUAUUGUUUGUUCAUAGUUUUGUAAUUUAAUGUAUACAUUUUAGAAUGCUGUUAAAACCAUUGUGUGUUCUACAAUUGUGUUGUGUUUAUUAUUGUUUAUUUUAUACUAUAGUAAAUUAAUUUCUCGGGAUCGGAAGACUUGGGACUGCCGUCUUUAA